AGCUGGUUCGUUAGUUUUCCUGCGCUUUUCCUAGCGCGCGGAAGCACAAGUUUGUGCGUCGAGAGCUUUGUGCGCGUGCUAUCCGCAGCUAUUCCAAUGCGCCGGAGGGAUGAAACAGAUUACUUGUGAUUUUAUUUCCGGUUGCUUUGGCGGUUCCUGUGGCAUCCUUGUGGGUCACCCACUGGAUACGAUCAAAACGUGGCAGCAGUUUUCCAACAACAAAAUCUCCACCUCCAUGUACAAUAUAAUCAUUCGUCACAAUGGGCUCAAAGGAUUCUACAAAGGCAUGUUCUUCCCCCUGGUUUCGAGUGGGACGCUAAAUUCGAUAGUAUUUGCGGUCUAUGGGGCGCAGCUGAGAAAACUCCAAUCCUAUUGCAGAAAUGACAAGGAACGGGAGAAAAGAUGGCAGAGGCACGUGAUGAUUGCCGGCUCGAUAGCGGGAGCUGCUCAAGUCACUAUCGGAUGUCCGAUAGAGGUGGUGAAAGUUCGUCUUCAGACACUGCAAUACGUGGGACACCCAUGGCGCUGCUUGGGGGAAAUAUAUCAUCUCGAAGGUAUAAUGGGUCUCUACCGAGGCUUCACACCGAUGAUGUGGCGCGAUGUGGUCCCUUACGGCAUCUACAUGCUGGUCUAUGAGUACAUGCUGGAAAUCGAGGAUCGAUUGCACCAGAUGAAACGGGAUAGGUUUUCAGGGACAGCGACAGCCGCUGGCAGUCAGUACAAGGCGUCGGUUAUUGCAACGGCGGGCGCAAUGGCCGGGAUAGUUUCGUGGCUGUUUAUCGUACCGUUCGAUGUCGUCAAAACGAUAAUGCAAACCGAAACGGAUCCAACCGUGCACAAAAGGAUGAUGGAUUGUUUUCGGAGCUUAGUUAGGCGCCACGGUUGGCGAUCCCUGUUCAGAGGCAGCUGUAUGGUUAUUGCCAGAGCCGCUCCAGUCAAUUCGGCCACUUUUCUGGGCUAUGAGUGGUUUUUGGGCCAAUGUCAUAAGAAUUUUGUUGUGGAUACUAGCUGAAAAUAAAUAAUUACGGGAAACUAGAAACUGCGUUUUGAGGCAGAGAACACAAAUCAGAGAUAAUUGAGGAAUCGAAUGAUGAUCAGAGAAUAAGGAUUUUUUUUCAGUUCUGAUAACAACCUUCAAAUUUAGUGAUUUUUACUGUAAGAUCUGGGUAUUUUCAUUGAUUGAGGAAAGACAAAAUUGUAAAACGAUGAAUUAAUGAAAUAGAUGUGAACUGAAAUACAGAAGUGCAGGACUAGCUAUAAAUUCCAAAAAUAUACUGUGCAGCUAUAUUCGGCGAUGGAAUUCGAACACUAAAGCGAGAAAUGGCAAUCGUCCUGUAAAUCAUGGAACUGGCUUUGGGGGAUGUCUUAUCACUUUUAUCAGUAUCAGUGGAAAUUCUACAGAUUAAGCAGUAGAACAGUGUUCCGGAACUAUUGUGAUGUGAUGACUACGCGCUUCCAAUUAUUUUCGUGCGGUCAUCGACCCGAUGUCGAUCGAAACGGUGUAAAGUGUGAUAAAAGUGCAGGACCCUAACCCGCUUGUCCCCCGCAGCUAGCAGUGUUUAUAAGCUCAACCACUACAGUACGCAAUUUUUGAUCGUAGGAUUACGUCUUUCGGGAACAUUGAAAAAAAAAUCGAUCGCAUCGUGAAAAAUGUCCAACUUCAAACGCUUUUUACUGAGCGAAAAAGCGAUUACUUUUCCCUUUUUCUUUGAACUUUCAAAACAAGGAAGCGAGAAUAAAAAUAUUGAG